AUGCGAAUGGCCGUGAUGCGUAGUGGAUUACACAAUGUGCUGCCGGCGAAGGAUAUAAUACUACUAAAAUAUUACAACUACUCAUACAUCUGCCGGGGAACAACAACUUUUCUUGACUAUCAUUAUCUCAAUUUCAUCGGUAUUCUACAUUUACUACCUCCGAUCAUUUCCAUUCCCGCCCUACAACUUUUAUCUUCAUCCCACGCCGAACUUCCCACAAUCAAAACUUUAGGAAGUGUCUCGAGAGAUAUUUUCUCAAUUUCAGUAGAAGUGCAUACUGUUAUUGAUAUUAUGUCAACAACGUCACCAUUUGAGAUGUCUACUGACUCAUCUAUUGAACAGUAAUCUUAGAAGCUAGAGUUCCACCGCAACGGUAGUUCUAUUAUUUUUACAGAGCCUGGCCUGACGUUUAGGUCUAGUUACUCUGUCAACACGACCCUGCUCCUCCUACUAUCGUGGUCACACCACCCCGCCCUCUCUUUCAAAAACUCUGCUUGUAUUUGUAUUUUAACAAUUUAACAAAUAAAUAUGUGAUAUAACUUUUUUUUUAUUUUCAUCAACAACAUUCAACACCUGAAAAAAGGUGAAUGAACGCGAAAAACGAGUUGUACUACCUAGAUUAUACAAUUUCAAUCUCAAUAGGUCGUGUUGUAACAAGACGAAGAUGUACCUCGUCUACUAGAUGUAGAAGAUGGACUAAGAACAACCCAAAAAUAAACGUUAGCUAAGACGUAACGCGAGGUAUCAUGACAUGAAUACAUGUAUAAUCAACUUCUUCGAGGCAGGAGUAGAUUGUUGGUGUUGCAACUGUCUCCGCCCGUGCUAUCCUUGUUCGAUAAGCAUUAGAAGUUGUCGAAGAACAAGUUGAUGAACAACUACAAUAUUAGAGGUAACUUGUAAUAAGAUGCGGAGGAGGUGAAAGGAAAGAUGUUGAACAUGCAAAGUUAAGGAUCUUCUUCACAUCUACAUCAUUGAUGAUGUCGAUCCAGGCUGCUCAAAUUAUUACUAUUAACUACAUCUCUACAUCUUUUAUUACUAUAGCUAAUCAUCGAUUGAAGAUUCCUCGUCGUUGCUGAGCAACAUUAUUUUUACGUUCAACUACAUACUAGAAUUAUUAUUUGUGCUCAUCAAGAAGCUCCUCAGUUUUUUUUUGACCUUAAAGCGAAAGAAAGUAAGGCUCGUGACCGCCUCGUCCUCCCGUUAUUUCAUAUGUAGGUUUCUCUACAAUCGCAUGAAUCUAUCACCAUAAGAAUCUACUAGCCAGCCACUCGUCACGACGACUCUGGUCUACUGAUGAGCCGAAUCAACUCGGCAGUCUGCCUAAGAUUUCCCUGGCGAAUUCUACCCGCUGACGACUCUGGUCUACUAAGUUAGUAGCACACGACUUGUUCUGACGUACUAGCAGUCGCAGUGAUUGUAGUUUUAGUUUUAUUUAAGCUGCUGCUGUGUAUCUCCUAAGGCAGAUGACUUCACGGAAGUACUACUUCUGAAUCCACAAUUUAAGCUACUCUCAAUUUAACUUGUACCUUGAGAACUUAUCUCCUGGAGGAAUUAUAUCAAU